CGACGGCGUCAACUCAAUUGAAAAUCUCUUGAAGGUGUCCUUCGUCCGUUAAGGGGUGCUCCCCAAUGAUAGCCAGUCAUGCCAGCCAGCCUGUCUCGGGCGAGCUCGCCGCGGCGCCUCUGCUUGCUCUUGCAAUAAGCAGAUGGCGAUUGCGGCGGCUCGACCGGGCACGCUGCGCUUCUGCUGCUGCUGCAUUGCGGGUUGCUGAGAUGAUACCCUCAUGACCGGAUCGGGAUAGUGCCCGCGACGGGAGUGUGUUUCCGGGUGUGCGUGCAUGGGCGUGCGCAACUUUUCGCGGCGCACGCCCUGCCGCCGCUCCUCUGCCCCUCUUUCGCCCUUGUCCCUUCAUAAAUUGUGCUCAUCACUGCUGGCUGGAUUGGCUGCUGGAUUGCUCAACGCUGGCGUUGGCGUCCUAUGCGCUGGUCUUGGGUUGAUAUGUCGAUUUUGUUUCCUCCCUCAGGUUUUGAACGAGUCUAAACAACCAUGGCCGCCAUGAUCUCCCAGCGCCGCGCUGCUGCCAGCGUUGCCUCCUCCUCCGCCCCAAAGCGCGGCUCCCGUGUGGUCACCCGUGUGGCCCAGCCGCUGGCCCAGCCCGGCAGCCAAUCGGCUGCCGCCGAUGCGUCCAUGCUGGCUCGUGCCGGUCUGCCGCCCACGACAACGCCCUACGACAACUACGUGUUCGCUUCUAUCAGGGAGGCUGAGGUCAACCGCGCCAUGACCCGGCGCUACUUCAAGGACAUGGACGAGUUCGCUGAGAGCGACGUGGUGAUUGUGGGCGCGGGCUCCGCAGGCCUGGCGUGUGCCUACGAGCUGGGCAAGGUGGCGCCGCACCUCAAGGUUGCUCUUCUCGAGCAGAGUGUGGCUCCCGGUGGCGGCGCCUGGCUCGGUGGCCAGCUGUUCAGCGCCAUGGUGGUACGGAAGCCCGCCCACCUGAUGCUGGACGAGCUGGAGGUGCCGUACGAGGACGAGGGUCACUACGUCGUCGUUCGCCACGCGGCCCUGCUGACGUCCACCCUCAUGAGCCACGUGCUCAAGAACCCAAACGUGAAGCUCUUCAACGCCACCGCCGUGGAGGACCUCAUCGUGAAGCCCGACCCCCAGCUGGGAGGUGCUCGCCGUGUGGCGGGAGUGGUGACCAACUGGUCGCUGGUGGCGCAGGCGCACGGCACCCAGUCGUGCAUGGACCCCAACGUCAUCGAGGCGGGCGUGGUGGUGUCGGCGUGCGGCCACGACGGGCCCUUCGGAGCAACCAGCGUGAAGCGUCUCGCGCGCCUGGGCAUGGUUCCCGGCGGCGAGGUCCCCGGCAUGGGCGCCCUGGACAUGGAGGCGGCUGAGGGCGCCAUCGUGGGCGGCACUCGCGAGGUGGUGCCGGGUAUGGUGCUGGCGGGCAUGGAGCUGGCGGAGGUGGACGGGUCACCGCGCAUGGGACCCACGUUCGGCGCCAUGAUCGUGUCGGGACGCCGUGCUGCCCACGUGGCUCUGGCGGUGCUGGAGAAGCGCCGCAAGGUGGCGGCUGGUGCGGCUGCUGCUGCUGCGGGCAAGGAGAUGGCUGCCUCGGCUUGAUUGAAAUGUCUUCUUAUUUACGGCAGCGUGCUGAACUAGUCGCAGCUUAAAGCAUCGUCUAGGCUUGUUGAUCAGUGGGCACUAUAUUAUAUUAUUUCGCCUAAGCUAUCAUGGCUAGUUGUCACUAAAGCUCUGAUUUGGAAAUCGGAUCAAAGUAGUGGAGGACUUGCUUGGGUCUUUGUUAUAUUUCGCCGUUGUCUUAUCUGCUUGUUUUGCUCUCGAUGGCUGGAUAUGUUAAGGAUCGAAUCGGAGAAUAUUCUUCCUGUCGGCCCUCCAACAACUGGGAUAAUAAUGCUACGUCCGCAUGUUAUGAAUGCGUUUUCUUCACAUGCGAAUCUUAUCUGUUGCUGCAGCUGACGAGACAGCGCAGCUCAUUAUUGCUGGCAGGGAACUGUUGCUGGCUGGGAGGAUGUGAACUUCCCGCUUCAUUCAGUUGCCAAUCAUCAGUGUACGACAUUUGUUGUUGCUUGUUGUCUUGCAUGUGUCAGGUCAGGCUACUUGUUGAUGAAGGUGCACUGCCGGCACGUGUAAUACCCGUGACCUGAAGAAUUUUC